AUGAAAAUAAUUACAAGGUCGAGUCCUGGAGAGUCAUAUAUUGCUCUCUCAGAGGACGAUACUACUUCCACCGUGCUGCUCAAAAAUAGAUUUGAUCUUUGUUCACCUACUUCCACUAAUGAUUUGGAUUAUCAAUUGUGUACAGUUGGAUUUGAUCGCCAUGCCACAAAUCAUAGACUGAUACCUUCUACUCACGAUUUCGCAUUUUCAACUCCAGUAAGGUCAAGUCCUGUCUCCAAUGAUCCAAUUGUCAAUGGGAAUCCUGCUGAUCACAAUAAUAGUAGUACAUACAGAUUUCCAGUGAAUACACAGAGUCAAGUUAAUAAUGACGGCGGUGUGCGUGUCGAGGUUCAAUCACAACAACGACAACCGCUGAAUGGUCGUGGCCAGAUCCAGAAUCCGAAGAAUCCUCAACCCAUAUACUUUCCAUUAAAUAAUGUUAAUCCCAAUAUUCAGAAUACAGAGUCUCGAGAAUACGCUCUAGGAAACAAACUUCAUAGUCGUGAUACUCAGCUUCGUGGCAGUAAUCCACAAUCCCCACUUCAGCAAGCGCAUCAUCCUACUCAAGGUUUUCAACCCACUGGACAAAUGGUUCCUCCACAACAUCAACACCAACAACAAGAGCAACAACAGCCUAGAAUAAUAUCUAAUCCGACACCGGACAAACUUAGUCUUCGAUCUCACAAUAGCACUCGCUCUACCACCCCGCAAAAUUCUCCCAUUCUACCACAACAAGAACAGCAAUAUCAACAACAGCAACAAUAUCAACAGCAACAACAGACGGUACCUGACAGAGGCAGUAGAGUUUCUGCUGUGCAAGACACUCCUUAUGAUAUUCAAGCAUCAAAUCGUCGAUUAGAAGAAGAGAUUCGAAAAUUGACGUCCAAGAUGGAAGCUUAUCAACUGGAAAUGGAAGUGAUUAAAAAAGACAAAGAGAAAGUAGAAGAAGAAAAACAGAGAGCAGAAGAGGAAAAAGAGAGAGUUGAAAGAGAAAAUCAUGAAUUGAGGAUUAAGAUUCAAUCAUCAGAACAAUUACAAUCUGAGAAUAACUUUUUGCGUUCAUUGUUAUUACAAAACUAUCAAGGAAUCAAUCAGGGAUCUGAGGCUGUUCGAGAUGUACAAGAACUGGAUAUUUCCAAAGGUGCCGCUGGUGCGGCAAUUGAACCAAGUCGCGAUGCAAGUGACAUUUCUGACGGUGAUCUGAAGAAUAUGGGCGUCAAUGUUGGUACGCAGACAGUCAAUAAUACCGGCGUCAAUGCUGGAACCCAGACAUUAUCAAAUAUUCCUAUGGAAUCCAAUUCACCAAAUGGUCCACAAAUAGAAAAUAACUCAGACAAUACUAAUCAAAAUAGUGACAAUGUGCACGCUGACGACGUGAAUAAAUCUAAUACUGAGGGGCUUCCAAUUGACAUAUUACCAGAAAAGUAUUAUAAAGGGUUAAAAUUAUAUAAGCUCGAAUCAUUAUCCAAAAGAAGACUCGAGCAAUGUCUUGCAAGUAUCUUAAUUGCAUUUUUUAUCGAUUUUGAUUGUCUUGAAUAUCAAGUUGUCAAGCUUUCUAAAUUUAUUAAGCUUUCAACUAGAUUUAUGAAUCGUUUACAUAAGAGAGUGUAUAGAUGUUCUUCAUCCAUGAGUUGUUUAGAUGAUUUGGGAAGGGUUAUGGAAUAUGAUGAUAUUGGGAAGUGUACUCAAGUAGAGAUGGAUUGGUUGCAAAAAUGUUUAGAUGGGAUGUUGGAUAGAAUUCAAACUUGA